AUGCUCAACAAGGAUAUGGAGCAGCAUCUUCGCUGCUCAAAGAAAGACCUUGCCAUGCUAAAGCAUAAGGUGGAAACACAGAUGAAACGUCCAAUUUACGACGGCAAGCCAUUAAUUGGCCAGCGUAUGGAGCAGUUCGACCCCGAUGGCACCCACAGGAAGAAACUCUGGGAUCAGGUGACUUCCAAGAAGAAGUAUCGAGAGAUGCUUGAGGGCAAGAAGUGGGGCAAAAACAAGCCGAAAGACUUCAACAAGAAUGUCCAAAAGAUUCAGAACAAGAUCGUUGGAGACCUUAACAAGCAAUUUCGCUAUUCUUCGAAUUCUUCGAAGACCCAGGGAGGUUCCGAUGAGGGAGAAUACCAGCCUGGUCUGGAUGACAUUGAAAGCGAGGAGGACGAACCGGUAUCUGGCAUUCGCCGCAAGUCUCGCGGUGGGCAAUCAUCGCUGCCAAGUGCCAAAGCCAGUGUGCUCAACACCAAGCCCGUCAGCGGAUCCAAAAUGAGAACCAUGGAUACUUUUGCCGGUCCUACUGGUGCUUCCUCUCUUGGAAUGGAUGGAAUGGAUGGAAUGGAAGGCAUAGAGGAGACUCGGACAGCAGAGAAGCCAUCUCGCGAGGGAGCUCCGGAGCACGACCAAAGCGACCCGUCCGACUUCGACUUUGCCACCGACCUCCAGACUAUGGUACGAAAAGAAGCCAACGCCACGGUCUCUCCUGAGGUCGAAGGACAGGUGAAAGCGCAAAACGCCAUGUUGGAAGAUCAGAUGAAGCAGCGGGAGGAGAGACUUGUCAUAUUGGAAGAUCAGACGAAGCAGCGGGAGGAGAGACUUGUGGGCAGCGUGAGCGCCCAGGUCAUGGGAACCAUCUCCCGUGGUUUCCAAGGCCUGAAGAAAGGACCUUGA